AUGGCGGCGGGCUCCGAUUUGCUGGAUGAUGUUUUCUUUAACACGGACGUGGAUGAGAAAGUAGUUAGCGAUUUAGUUGGAUCUUUGGAAUCUGAGCUGACCGGAUCGGGUCACGGUAACUCAGCGGUCAGAGUUCAAGCGGUUGGAAACCACAUAGGCACUUCAGCUUCGAGUGGUAGUUCCAAUGUCCAGGACAACAAAAUGGGACUUGCACAAGAGCUUGUAAAAGCAGGCGCUGGAGUACCAGGAGGUGUCAUUAAUAAUGCGAGGUCCCAGGGUUCAACUGUGGAUGCACCGGGGACCACCAUAGCCGCCGGGUCGAACCUGAACCAAAGCAAGACAGGGGUCGAAACAACUGCUGUAACAACCAUUUCAAACCACGGAUUGGGCAACGGACAGAAAGUAGUGACAGGAGUACCAUUACCAACUUUGAAUGGAAGUAAUGUGGUCUUAAACUCUCACAGUUCAGGAAGUGUCACCGCUCCCCCCGGGACAACCUCUAGCAGCAGUAGUAGUGGUAAUACUACAGUAUCCGCUGUCACGGUUCUAAACAACGGACCCGGUACCGCGAACAAAGGACAAACUGCUGUUUUACCCCCAUCCUCUAGCACUGUCAUUCAAACUUCUUUGAUGAGCACCCACAAUGUUGUAACUUCCACUGUGAUAUCGGCACAGACAUCAAGCCCCACUACAGGACCUACCGUUACACUUGUGAGGCCGCCUAUGCAAACACCGGGACCCGCUAAAGCACCAAAUGGGACUACAACGAACCCAAUAGGACCUGUCAGUUCAGGCCCGCAGGUCAAUAAGUCAGAUUCGCCCAAAACUAUCAUUCAGACCACAGCUCAGACAGCUGUGACCGUGGGAAAAAGUCCAGUCUUACAAAAUGUGACAAGGACUUCUUUGCCGUCUACCAUAACGGCCAGUCCCGGUGGAAUUCGAACAAUUGCCCCGCAGAUGCUGGCUCCGAGACUUCCAAACACCCAGCAGAGUCAGCCGAAUAUUCAGAACAUCCAAAUUCCAGCAGGCAUGGUUCUGGUACGCAGUGAGAAUGGGCAGUUGUUGAUGAUCCAUCAGCAGACUUUGGCCCAGAUGCAAGCUCAGUCCCAGGGCGCCAUGGCAACCCGACCCACCACUCCCACCAGCACUCCGCCUGUCCAGAUCACCUCUGUGCAGGCUCCUGGGACGCCCAUCAUUGCUCGGCAGGUUACCCCAACAACAAUCAUCAAACAGGGGUCACCUGCUCAAACCACCGUACAGGCAACCACCACACUCCAAAGACCCCCAGUACUGCAGAACACCAUUAUGUUGGGUGGCACAGCUGCAGCGGCUCCGACCGUCGGGACACCCCCCCCAGGACAGACAGGGACAACAGCAGCAGGCCAAAGGGUGGCUACACCUGCACCCACAGCAGCUGCAGCUACGGAAACCCUGGAGAACGUGAAAAAGUGUAAGAACUUCCUGUCUACCCUCAUCAAACUGGCAUCAACAGGCAAACAGUCCUCAGAGACUGCUGCUAAUGUGAAGGAACUGGUCAAAAACCUUCUGGAGGGUAAGAUUGAAGCUGAAGACUUCACCAGCAGAUUGUACAGAGAGCUGAACUCCUCACCUCAGCCCUACCUUGUGCCUUUCCUUAAGAGGAGUCUCCCUGCCCUGCGUCAGAUGACUCCAGACUCGGCUGCGUUUAUCCAGCAGAGUCAGCUGCAGCAGCCCACGUCCACGGCCCUGACAGCUGUUGUCCUGGGGGGCACGACCACGCAACGCACAAACAUCCAGCCUGGAACCACCCUCACCAAGAGCCCUGCCACUGCCUCCGUCACCACCACCCCACAUCACCCAGUCAUCAGCCUGGCCCAGACAGGACAGACCAAACCUGGCCUGAUCUUACAGCAGCCUCAGCAGCAGGGGGCGCUGGUGAGAGCACCCCAGGUCAAUCUGACUCAGACACCCAUGGUGACACUGCGGCCGGGACAGGCCCCCACACGUGUGUUUAGUCCACAGACCGUGGUCAAACAGAUCUCUGCUGGUUCUCUGCUGAAGCCAGGUUUGGCUCCAGGGACUAAAGUGGUGUCUGUGUCAGGUGCUCAGACUCUGGCUGCUGCUGCUGCUGCCCAGAGAAACAAACUGAAAGAGGCAGGAGGGGGGUCCUUCAGAGAUGAUGACGACAUCAAUGAUGUGGCCUCCAUGGCUGGUGUUAACUUGUCUGAAGAAAGCGCCAGAAUCCUAGCCACAAACUCGGAACUGGUGGGAGCAGUCACGCGGUCGUGUAAGGACGAAGCUUUUCUCUUUACCUCGUCUCUGACCAGGAGGGUUUUAGAUAUAGGAAGGAAGUACGGGAUCACUGAACUGGGGCCGGAUGUCAUUAACAUAGUGUCUCAUGCCACACAACAGCGGUUGCAGAAUAUUUUGGAGAGAGUGUCAGAGGUGGCGCAGCAGAAAAACAUCUCCUUUAAGGAGGAUGACCGAUAUGAACAGAUCAGUGAUGUGAAAGCUCAGCUCAAGUUCUUUGAACAGUUGGAUCAGAUGGAGAAACAGAGAAAGGAGGAACAGGAGAGAGAAAUUCUAAUGAAGGCAGCCAAGUCCAGAUCAAGACAAGAGGAUCCAGAACAGCUCCGGUUAAAACAGAAGGCCAAAGAGAUGCAGCAGCAGGAGUUGGCUCAGAUGAGACAGAGGGACGCUAACCUGACGGCACUUGCAGCUAUUGGACCCAGGAAAAAACGGAAAGUGGAUUCCAUGACCAGUGGAACAGGAGCUGAGGGUUCAGGUUCAGGUACGUUAGUAUCUGCAGCCUCAGGUAGCGGAGGUUCCAGACAGUUCACUCGACAGCGGAUUACUCGGAUCAACCUGCGAGACUUGCUGUUCUGUCUGGAGAACGAGAGAGAAACCAGUCACUCUCACCUCCUUUAUAAAGCUUUUCUCAAAUAGCAUCAGCUCAGUGUUGUGCCCUCCAGAAGAAUCAAAUUCAGUUCAUAAACCUUCAUGAAACAUUUUCGAAAGAGAACCAUUCUCCCUUUACGACACCUCAACACUGCCCCCUACAGGCGAAACAACAGACCAGCCACCUCUACUUCUCCAAUACCGCUUCCCGAAUAUUGCAUUGCCACCACCACGCCACUCUCAACACUGUGUUUACCAGUAUUGCCCCCUGGAGAGGGAACAGCAGGGCAACCCUGCCAUAUACAAAACAAAAAAACAGCAACCCCUCUACUCAUCCUGGACAUCCUCUCUGAAUGCUGUGUUUAAACAUAUCGCCCCCCGCAACAUUGCACCACGCACACAGUGGGAGGAAGCAAGCAGAUGACCAAACUCCUUUUUCCCCGCUCUCUUCCACGUGCUCUGGGCAUUUUUUUUUCUAAAGCUGAGUGCUUCCUUAAGGUCAGAUAUUCAAACAGGAGCCCCGGGCAAAAAUACGCCCUUAUCUCCUCUUCCUCAGAUCUUUCUGACAAGGUACUUCCUCAAAAUACCACCCCCAAUCCCUGGAGUGAAAAGGAGGGGGGGUUCCCUCAUUCCUGGAGCUCACCUUUCUCCUGUCCUCCCAAAAUAAACCCCCUUAUAGGAAUGGCAAACAAUGACCUCACAACUGUCAACUUUUACCGUUUUUCUAAAGAAAAACUUUACCGUUUAUUUUUCUCUCCCCGUUGUGAAACAGAUUUUCUCCUGAUGACAGUUUGUUUUUACAGUGAUUUUUAAAGCAUUUUUCUUUCUGUGGAUCAGGCAGAAGGACGUGUGAUUAAAGAACAUAGUGUCAAAACUAGCGCUGUUUUUUUGGAUUCAACUACAUGUAAUUUAGUGCGGGUA